AUGGCAGUCAAGAAACUCACAUGGAGAUCCAUCGUCCCAUAUUGCUACAAGUCUGAGCGCCCAUCAUCAAAGGCUAGCAAGAAAGUGGUAGCAAAACAGACCUCAUUCCAGAGGCUUUCUCUAUCUGAUUUGAGCAAUCCAAGCUCAACAUUUUCAGAGGACCUCUCCAUAUCUCUAGCAGGGUCUAAUCUUCACAUCUUUACACUUGGGGAGCUAAAGGUGAUCACACAGAGCUUCUCCUCCAGCAACUUUCUCGGUGAAGGCGGGUUUGGACCGGUGCACAAAGGGUUCAUUGAUGACAAGCUUAGGCCUGGUUUGACAGCCCAGCCUGUGGCUGUCAAGCUCUUGGACUUGGAUGGUUCUCAAGGCCAUAGGGAGUGGCUGACUGAGGUGAUCUUUCUUGGACAACUGAGGCAUCCACACCUUGUGAAGCUGAUAGGCUAUUGCUGUGAAGAUGAACAUAGGCUACUGGUGUAUGAAUACAUGCCAAGAGGCAGCUUAGAGAACCAGCUAUUUAGAAGAUAUUCAGUAUCACUGCCAUGGUCAACAAGAAUGAAAAUUGCGCUUGGAGCCGCAAAGGGCCUUGCCUUCCUCCAUGAAGCAGAGAAACCAGUUAUCUAUCGUGACUUCAAAGCUUCAAACAUCUUGUUGGACUCUGAUUAUACUCCCAAGCUCUCAGAUUUUGGUCUAGCAAAAGAUGGUCCAGAAGGAGAUGACACACAUGUUUCUACAAGAGUCAUGGGCACACAAGGCUAUGCUGCUCCUGAAUACAUCAUGACAGGUCACUUGACAGCAAUGAGUGAUGUGUAUAGCUUUGGAGUGGUACUCUUGGAGCUUUUAACAGGAAGGAGAUCUGUGGACAAGAACAGACCUCACAGAGAGCAGAACCUAGUAGAGUGGGCAAAGCCUAUGCUGAAUGAACCCCGAAAACUUAGCCGAAUCAUGGACCCGAGACUAGAAGGCCAAUACUCCGAAAUAGGGGCCAGAAAGGCUGCUGCAUUGGCUUACCGAUGCAUCAGCCACCGGCCAAAACAAAGACCAAAAAUCAGUGAUGUGGUCAAGAUCUUAGAGCCCCUCAAGGAUUUUGAUGACAUUCCCAUUGCCUUUGUGUAUACAGUUCCUACCGAAUCCGAUUCGAUUAAAGAUGUAAAAGAAGGUGAUGCACAGAAGGAAUUGAAGAAGAAGAACAACCACCAUCAGCAAAAUCAAGGCCAUAAGCAUCAUCAGCUAAGAUCACCAAAGUCUCCACAUUAUUACUCAGACAAUAUGGUGCACCAAAACCAUAGAAAUAAUGGUUUAAAAUCUCCCCUGCACCAGAGGGGCAGGGGAAUAUAG